AUGGCUUCGUCUUCCUCUUCCUCACCAACAACAACAUUGAGCCGGAGAAGAACACAAGCUCCGAUUCCAGCUCCGAAGAAACUCUCUAGCUUCGACGACGUCGUUUGCCAGAAAUGCAGCUCCGGCAAAUCUCCGACCAAGUUGCUCCUCUGCGACAAAUGCGAUAAAGGCUAUCACAUCUUCUGCCUCUCACCUAUCCUUGCUAAAGUCCCCAAAUCGUCGUGGUUCUGUCCAUCUUGCUCCCACACCACUUCCAACAACCCUAAAUCUUUUCCUCUUGUACAGACCAAGAUUAUUGAUUUCUUCAAAAUCCAACGGUCUUCUGAAGCAGCUCAGAUUCUGAAUCAAGAUUUGAAAAAGAAGAGAAAGAGGGGUAGUGGUUUAGUGGUUUCGAAGAAGAAAAGGAAGCUGUUGGCAUUUACUCCGAUUGAUGAUUCUAGGAGGAGGUUAGUGCAGAUGGCUUCACUGGCAACUGCGCUGACUGCAACUAAGACGGAGUUUAGUAACAAGCUUACUUAUAUGCCUGGAAUGGCACCAAGGGAUGCUAAUUCUCCUGCUCUUGAACAUGGUGGAAUGCAGGUCAUGUCAAAAGAAGACAUUGAAACCCUUAACUUGUGCAGAAGUAUGAUGGAAAGAGGAGAAUGUCCACCUCUCAUGGUUGUUUUUGAUCCUGUAGAAGGCUUUACUGUAGAAGCAGACCAAUCCAUCAAAGAUUUGACAAUAAUAACAGAAUAUGUUGGAGAUGUAGAUUUUUUAAAGAAUCGGGAAUAUGAUGAUGGGGAUAGCAUUAUGACACUUCUUUUUGCUUCUAAUCCUUCACAAUCGCUGGUCAUCUGCCCAGAUAAACGCAGCAACAUAGCACGAUUUGUUAAUGGCAUCAACAAUCACACACCUGAAGGAAAAAAGAAGCAAAACUUGAAAUGUGUGAGAUUUAAUGUGGACGGUGAAUGUCGGGUCCUUUUAAUUGCUAUUAGAGAUAUAGCUAAGGGGGAAAGGCUGUACUAUGACUACAAUGGAUAUGAGCAUGAAUAUCCAACUGAACACUUUGUCUAA